UUUCCCGCAACUGGAACCAAACCGACAGGUGGAUGCAGAACUGCGGAGGCGGCUCCUUUGGGGGCAUCGGGGCUCGGAGAGCCUUCGAUAGUAUCUGUCCCAAUAGGAUGCUUGAUCUGUCCAGCCGGCAGCUCAGGAAACCUGAGAAAUUUGAAAAGUUCGUGCCCCCGAGGAAGUUCUUUGAGAGCAGCAGCCCCAUCUCAGUUUACACCGACCCCCCGGAGGCGGAGCUGGCAAGUUUGCCAGCCUUGACUACGAUUGACUGGCAGGAUUUCGCGGAUUGUUCCUCACUCGUCCACGAAGAGAGCUCCCCUAGCUGUGAUGCUGCGGCGUCACAGAGCCACUGUCCACAAACAGAACCCGAAUUUGAUCUGCAGGAUUUUAGGGAUGCAGUGGAUAACCUCAUAUCAGACCCAUCAUCUUUGAUGUCAUCUCCCAUGGGUCCUGAAGACUUUUCCUUCCCUUCCUGCGAUGUCUCGCCCUUUGGUUCCUGCAUUUCUCCCCAGUCGGAGCACCCUGCGCCUCCCAUGAGCAUUCAGGGUGUUCCUCAUCCGGAGCAGUACUGGAAAGAAGUGGCAGACCAGAACCAGAAAGCCCUGGGAGAUGCCCUGGUAGAAAAUAAUCAACUGCAUGUGACACUGACCCAGAAGCAGGAGGAGAUUGCGUCCUUGAAAGAAAGGAACAUUCAGCUAAAGGAACUGGCCAGCCGGACUCGGCACCUGGCUUCUGUCCUUGAUAAGCUGAUGAUCACCCAGACUCAGGAUUGCAGGGCCGCUCCGGAACCCUUGAUGCUCAAAGCCUCUGCCAAGAGGAGCCUGGAGGAGUUGCUCACUGCCAGCGGCCAGGACGGCGGCGAGGUGGACGCGAUCCUGCGGGAGAUCUCGGAGCAGUGCGAUGCUGCUCUGCAGAGCCGCGACACUAAGCGGCCCCGGCUGCAGCCUGGACCUCCAGACGUUGCCUGUCAGCCGCCGGCGCUCCUGCACGGGGCCUUCCGCGGGCUGCGGGCGGACUGCAGUCAGGGAUCCCUGAACCUGAGCCAUAGCGAGCUGGAGGACAGCGCCUCCUUCCGCACCCCGAUUCGGGACCACUGCACCAUCCGCACUUUGGCUUUCCCCCAGGGCAACGCCUUCACUAUACGGACCGCCAGCGGGGGUUACAAAUUCCGCUGGGUACCCAGCUGAGCGCGGGGAGCGGGUCUCCCAGUUGCACUGGUCUUACCGCCCUCUGGCACUAGGAGGCGCCGCCUGCACCGUGACCGCAAAACUGCGCUGCGCCGAUCCCCAAAACUGCACUUUCGGGAAUGCCCUCUGCCUGCCAGGCACUUGAACCCCACUUCAAAUCCCCAGGGAUUUGGUGGUGGUGGUAAUUGUGGUUAACAACUAAAACGGGAUGUGGAAACAUAUUCUAUUUCACAAAUCUGUUAUUAAAUGUAGUAUAAAGUCUUCCACUUAAAAAAGGAAUGGGAGGACUGCGACAGGAUCUAAAGUAGUGCCAUCACUUUAAAACUUAUAUGUAAUAAGAAUCACAGGAUUAAGGAAAACUUGUAAGGCAAUCUAAAAUUCAAACUUCUAAUUUCACAAAGAGUUCAGAGAAGUUUAGGAAUUUCUCCAGACUCACACAGCUAGUUAAUGGCUACUGGCUCUAGAUCUCAGGUUUCUUGAUUCCUAGGCCGUGGUCUUCAUAGAACUAUGUUCAAUCAUUUUUCCAUAACACAUCAAUGUUGGCAACGGGGUUCGCUUGGCAAAAAUACUGGAGUGAUUUGUCACUUCCUUUUCCAGUGAAUUAAGACAGUUCAAGUGACUUGCCUCUAGUAUCACACAGCUAGUGAGUCUCUAACGCCGAAUUUGAAUUCGUCUUCCUGACUUCGGGCCAGGACCACUGAGUCAUCUAGCUGCCUAGUCUUCCUAGUAAGCACUUAAUAAAUAUUUGUUAUUCUUUCUCUUGUAUUGUGCUGCCUUCCUUACUGUUGGAAGGAAAUGUAGCUUUGCCAUUGUUUCAAACUAUUAUUUCAGCCAGUAAUGGAAUGAAGAGAUGAUGAGAAGAAUAAAGAAACAGUGCCUUGAGAAACAAAAUGAUAGAUUCUGGAUCUUAAGUGUAGAGUGAUAGACUUAGAUCUGAAAUGGACUUUAGACAUCACAGAACCAUACAUGAAGUAUCCUAAACCGUAAUGAACUUUUAAGCUUUGAGACUACCUGGUCCAAUCCUCUCAUUCUCAGAUAAGGAAGGAAUCUGAGUUUAGUUGAGUUGCCUCCGAUAUUAAAAAGAUGAGAAUCAAAGACGGAAUUUGGAUCCACAUCUUACAGAGCUCUUCCCCAUUGUACCAACUGCCUCCACCCUCAAAUUAUGUAUGUAGAAAUGGAAUCUCAGAAAGCUUAAAUGAUUGGCCCAAGUCAUAAAGGUAUUAUGUAGCAGAGUCAGGAUUUGAAUAGGCUCCUUUAAUUCAUUUCACAAUGUCUGUAAUAGACUCUUAAAGAUGUAUUUUAUUUCAACAUGAAUAUGUUAAGCAUA